CGCAUCUAGCGACUUCCGAGGGCGGCGCGGGCGCAAAGCGGCCCUGGCGCUGAGGCUGGCGGCUAGCGGUCGAGAUGCCCUACGCCAAUCAGCCGACGGUGCGGAUCACGGAGCUCACCGACGAGAACGUCAAGUUCAUCAUCGAGAACACCGACCUGGCGGUGGCCAAUUCCAUCCGGAGGGUGUUCAUCGCGGAGGUGCCCAUCAUAGCCAUCGACUGGGUUCAGAUUGAUGCCAAUUCCUCAGUUCUUCACGAUGAAUUCAUUGCUCACAGGCUUGGAUUAAUUCCUCUCACUAGUGAUGACAUUGUGGACAAGCUGCAAUACUCCCGGGACUGUACAUGUGAAGAGUUCUGUCCCGAGUGCUCUGUGGAGUUCACCCUUGACGUGAGGUGCAAUGAAGACCAGACACGCCAUGUUACCUCUCGGGACCUCAUCUCCAACAGCCCCCGGGUCAUUCCGGUGACAUCUCGGAACCGAGAUAAUGACCCCAAUGACUAUGUGGAGCAGGACGACAUCCUUAUUGUCAAACUGAGGAAGGGCCAGGAGCUGAGACUUCGAGCCUAUGCCAAGAAGGGCUUUGGCAAGGAACAUGCCAAGUGGAACCCUACUGCAGGGGUGGCUUUUGAGUACGACCCAGACAAUGCUCUGAGGCACACUGUAUAUCCCAAGCCUGAGGAAUGGCCAAAGAGUGAAUACUCUGAGCUGGAUGAGGAUGAGUCACAGGCUCCUUAUGACCCCAAUGGCAAGCCAGAGAGGUUUUACUACAAUGUGGAGUCCUGUGGUUCACUGCGCCCUGAAACCAUCGUCCUCUCAGCCCUCUCUGGGUUGAAGAAGAAGCUGAGUGACUUACAGACUCAGUUAAGCCAUGAGAUCCAGAGCGACGUGCUCACCAUAAACUAGCUGCACUAGCCUGUGUGGCAGACAAAGGGUUCAGGCAACCGCUGGGUUUCAGGUCUCCAGCCCUUCUGGUCUCUGGAUUGCAUUUGUUCAAGCUGCCGAGCAGGUCAUCAGAGAGAUUACUGGGGCUCUCCUGCCUGCUGAUCUGUACGUAGUACACCCCAGAACUCCAGACAUUGCUCCCGUCCUGUUUCACCAGUAGGGGACUGUACAGCAUCCUGUUGAGAGCCAUUGAGCUAGGCUUCUCUGGUUAGUCCAGCUUUUGAAACCCUUUCUACCAAAGAGAAGGAAUUUUCACACCUCUACCUUAGACUCCAGUGUUAGAAUUGAGUGCUAGAACCUUUACAAUGCAGCCUGUAACCUGUUCAGUCUGCUGCCCGGGGCCAUCUGCUGGCAUUUGACAUUUCAGAUGUCCCUAACCUGAGAUGUAACCCUUUGGGAAUAGCAGUAGACUGUGGCUGUCCUCUCUGCCCACACGUGAACUUGAACUUGCUGUUUUAUCCUCUGACCUGACCAUCUGGUAGGGGGGCAAAGGCCCCACCCAUAUUUUAUUUCUCUGCAGUGAAGAAGGUUCAGGCCUGCUCCUCAGCACAGUCUCCAGGUAGAGCAUGCCCAGCCAUAGCAGUUCUCGGGUGUCUGGAGACGAGCAAACAUCAGCAUGGAAAGGGGUAUUUAUUGACCAACAGUAGUUGUCUUUUUUAAAGUUUUUAUUUUUGGCAAUAAAGAGCACAACAUAA